GGAGUGGAUCGGAGCAGGCGUUUAAAGAUGGCGGCAGUGGCGCGGAGUGGGGGAUGGUGUUCGUGAGGCGGCCGAGUUUGCCCUCCUCCCUCUCUGCCUGCACUCGCGGAGGAGCGGCAGGACACAGGGCAUGGCUCAGGUUGAAAGAAGAAAGGGAGAUCUGCUUGUCCAAUGAAGAUGCAGUCUUAGUCUUCAGCUAUUUAAGCUGAGUGCAUUGUGAUUUCCAAUAAUUGAGACAGUGAUUCUGAAAGCUGUCUACAUUAAUGAAAAGAACAAUGUAGUCAGCUUAACUGAAUCAUCAGUGUUGCAUAUUGAAUAGAGCAUGAUAAACCAAUCUUGAUGGACUUAUGCAUGUUAGGAAUAUAGCUAUAAGCAUUUAUUAAAGAUUGUUUUUCUUAAAACAGUAGUUAUUAAAAAUGGAGAGCUGUGAAAAUGUACCACCCCUCCCUAAAGAACCUGCAAGAGAAAUGAAUGUGGAGAAUCAUACUUGUCCCCCACCUCUGCCGCCUAAUGAACAGCCUCCACCACCUCCCCUGCAAACGUCCAGUGACGCAGAGGUAAUGGACGUUGGCUCUGGUGGUGAUGGACAGUCAGAUACCCCUGCUGGGGACACGCACAGUAUCUGCAGAACACAGCUUCUCACAAAGGGAUCUGCCUGCUACAAAAGUCGUCUUAUAAUAGACCCUAACAAUAGUGACCAAAGCCCAAGAACUGCUCGUCAUGCACCUACAGUUCGAAAGUUCACCCCAGAUCUUAAGUUACUUAAAGAUGUAAAGAUUAGCGUUAGCUUUACAGAGAGCUGCAAAAGCAAAGAUAGGAAAGUUCUGUACACUGGAGUUGAGCAGGAUUAUAAGGCAGAUACAGAUUUUGGUAUGAAUAAUGUCAAUGGGGAUUUGCAUGUUUGUCCUUUUGGUGGUAGCAAUGGUAAAACUGUAGGAGUAGGAGGUGAAAAUGAUGACAAGAAGGAUGAUGAAAAUGAUAUUGAUCAGGAAAAGCGAGUGGAAUAUGCAGUUCUGGAUGAGCUAGAAGAUUUUACCGACAAUUUGAUGGAAAUAGAUGAAGAAGGAGGAGGGUUCACAUCUAAAGCAAUCGUUCAAAGAGAUAAAGUGGAUGAAGAAACCUUGAAUUACUCAUAUGAGGAUGACUUUGAUAAUGAUGUGGAUGCUCUGCUGGAAGAGGGUCUUCGAGCACCCAAAACAAGGAGACUAGAAAAUGACAAAUAUGCUGGUGAAAGUGAUCACCAGUCUGAUGGAGAAACAAGUGUGCAGCCAAUGAUGACCAAAAUUAAAACUGUACUUAAAAGUCGUGGCCGCCCUCCUACAGAACCUUUGCCAGAUGGAUGGAUCAUGACAUUCCAUAACUCAGGCAUUCCUGUGUAUCUGCAUAGAGAAUCUAGAGUUGUUACCUGGUCUAGACCUUAUUUCUUGGGAACGGGAAGCAUAAGGAAACAUGAUCCUCCCCUUAGUAGCAUUCCCUGCUUGCAUUACAAAAAAAUGAAGGAAAAUGAUGAAAGGGAACAGAAUAAUGACAUCACCCCAAAUGGGGAAGUAUCACCUGUAAAGCACUUAGAUAAAUCUUCAGAACUGGACUGCCAGACAGAAGAACCAGAUUCUACUGCUGCUGAUUCUGGGCCUUUAGAUGACAAAGACCCAUCAGGGGGAGAUGCAGCACAAGGAGCCUUAGGACAAGUUAAGGCCAAAGUUGAAGUAUGUAAAGAUGAAUCCGUAGAUCUGGAAGAUUUUAGGCGCUAUCUUGAGAAGCGUUUUGACUUCGAACAAGUUACUGUCAAGAAAUUCCGUACCUGGGCCGAGAGGCGGCAAUUCAAUCGUGAAAUGAAGCGCAAGCAGGCAGAGUCUGAGCGGCCCAUCCUGCCUGCUAACCAGAAACUCAUUACCUUGUCUGUGCAAGAUGCACCUACGAAGAAAGAAUUUGUCAUUAAUCCCAAUGGGAAAUCUGAAGUUUGCAUACUGCAUGAAUAUAUGCAACGAGUCCUAAAGGUUCGCCCUGUUUACAAUUUCUUUGAAUGUGAGAACCCAAGUGAACCUUUUGGAGCCUCAGUGAUUAUUGAUGGAGUAACUUAUGGGGCAGGAACUGCCAGCAGCAAAAAGCUUGCCAAGAAUAAAGCUGCUCGAGCUACACUGGAAAUCCUUAUUCCUGACUUUGUUAAACAGACCUCUGAGGAGAAGCCCAAAGACAGUGAGGAACUUGAGUAUUUUAACCAUAUCAGUAUUGAGGACUCACGGGUAUAUGAACUCACCAGUAAAGCUGGACUCUUGUCUCCAUAUCAGAUUCUCCAUGAGUGCCUUAAAAGAAACCAUGGGAUGGGUGAUACAUCCAUAAAGUUUGAAGUGAUUCCUGGUAAAAAUCAGAAGAGCGAGUAUGUCAUGACUUGUGGCAAGCACACGGUGCGAGGCUGGUGCAAAAAUAAGAGAGUGGGGAAACAAUUAGCUUCUCAGAAAAUCCUCCAGCUACUGCAUCCACAUGUGAAAAACUGGGGCUCUCUUUUGCGUAUGUAUGGUAGAGAGAGUAGCAAGAUGGUUAAACAGGAAACCUCUGAUAAAAGUGUGAUAGAACUUCAGCAGUAUGCCAAAAAGAACAAGCCAAAUCUGCACAUCCUCAACAAGUUACAGGAAGAAAUGAAGAAGCUGGCACAAGAAAGAGAGGAAACACGCAAGAAACCCAAGAUGACAAUAGUGGAAUCGGCUCAACCUGGCAGUGAGCCUCUCUGUACUGUUGAUGUGUAACCAGAAAGUCUACCAGUGGGGGAGCAAUAACACAAACGGAGGAACUUAAAUCUUCAACAAUACUUAAACAUUGUUUGCUGCAGAAUGCAAGAUAACUUUUCCAAUCCAAGCUGCUUCAGUUAUGCAUUGUUCUUUUUGCAUCAUCAGGGCAAUAGUACUUUUUUUGUUUGUUUUGAUACCUCUGAGAUAUGUACGUUUAAAGGAUUGAUCAUAACGAUCUCUACUUGGGCAAAAUGCACAGAGGACAGGCAUGUUCACACAGGGUAAAAAUCAAACAAGCACUUUUUAUGUUGUUUUUCUGGAAAGCUAUCCAUUUUGUUUGGAAAUGGAUGUGUUUUAAGGAUGAAAUUCAAAGUAUCUAUGUACAGGUCGAAGCUGAUACUCUCUUCUAUACACACAUUCAUAUAUAUGUAUAUAUCAAAGAAAUCUGUGGACACCCUCUUGUAUGAACAUGCCUACAACUAUUUUUGUGAACAGUUUUGUCGCAUUUCAGCACAUAAUAAUAUGCACUGAUAGGACACUUUGGUGACAAAACACAUGAAAGUGAUGAGCAAUGUUUUUAAUGUCAUAGGAUUAGGCCAGUAAUGCCGUUUCUUUUUGGUUUGUUUGUUUUGUUUUGUCUCCUGCCAGGCUUAGUUAUUCAAAAAUCACAGUAUGCAGAUUCUUUUAUUACUUGAAAAGAACAAGUAUACCUGGUAGUGUUAAGAGCAACAGGCUGGAUAUCUAAAAUUCCUGGGGUUUAUUUUAAUUGAAAAGAGUCUAGGUCACUUUACAGGUCAGUUGAAAGAAGAAAAUAGGACCCUAUUUAUUUGAUGACAGUAAAAACUGUCAUUUGAAAGGCUGUUUUCAAAGCUUGGAGCCAAAAUGCAGCUGAUGAUGGUUGACAGGCUAAAAAUGUUUUGCCAAUGAUGUGUUUUCAAAGACCUUCCAUUCCCUUUUCCCAGCAAUAAACCCACUAUUUCUUUUAAAGUCAGAAUCCAUCUGAUGUGAUCAGUUAAGUCUUAAUUUGCUCCAUUAAAAAAAUAUCUGAAUACAACAACCCUAAGUAAUCUGAAAUAACUGCAGCAAAUUAGUUUGUUUUUAAUGAAGAUGUUUUUUCUGGUUUUACUUUUAAUUACAUUUUUAGGUUUUUAAGAAGCGUAACUUCUGCGAUGAGAAUUAGAAUGUAGAUUUGGAACAUUAGGACAUAGAGUAAUGAGUAGAGCGAGACCAUAACAGGUUACACUGAGAAAUCACAAAUAUGCAACUACUCUGAAAUGCAAUCCUAGCAAACAGGCAGCACUCACUAUGUCAUUGAGGCUUUAUGAAAUGAAGCACAGAAGAAACAGGUUUUUGGCUGUAGCAAAAGCACUGCUUUGUGGUGGUGUUCCUCAUAUGGGGUGCUUUGCUAGGCAACUGCAGUAAGUCUUCUCUUAGAACCGUUUUGGUGGUUCUUUGGUUUGCUCUUAAGAGAUUGAUCACCAAGCUGAUGGUAGGGCUUCAGUGAUUGUCCCAGAGUUGUACUGCUGCAGCUCCUGGUACUUACCUGGACAGUGAUCUGGGGCUUUGAGAGGGGUUGGUGUUUGGUUUGGUGGUUAUUUUUUGUGUGUUUGGGGUUUUUUACCAUGUUCUAUAUAGAGUGCUGCAGUAUAAUGAAUUUAGUGCCUACUGGGUUUUAACAAUAUUGGCAUCAGUAUUGUAAGAGCUCUUUUUAAGCUCACCCAUCCCUUUGGAAAUAGGUGGAUUUCAGUUUUAUCUCCAACUAAUGUUCUCUACCAUGCAUAUAAUAUUUGAGGUGAAAACAGGAGGAGUCUUACCUGACUCUGUGUUUGAUAUGCUAAGAGGUCUCUGCGAGUAGGAAUUCACCCAUAUGUUUGUUUGCUUUUUUUUUUACUAUUGUAUUUAGCUUUUCAGUUCCCUGAGUUGUAAUUCUGCUAUACCAGGAUACGGGUAGUUGAAAGACUAAACUAUUGCUUAAAGAAGUGGCCUAUCUAAGAAAACAAAAACACUGCCUCUGCUUUUUUUGGUAUAGCUUUAAUAAAUCUCCAUCUUUUGAAGGGUAUGUAAUAUUGGUGCAGUAGUGACAAGCAGUGAUCACUGCUUGUCUCUCUUUUUGUUGUUGCUUUUUGUUCAGUUUUACUUUGUUUUGAUAAAGACAGGGCUUAUCUCUUCUAUGCCUAAAUGUAUUACUCUUAGGUAGGUUUUACUUCAGCUUAGGUGUUUUCAGCAGAAGAAUCUGUACUUGGAUGGCACUGUAAAAGACAAAUCACCCUUGCAGAUCUUUCUAUUCUUCUGAAAUCAGAAUGUCAAUGCAUUUGCAGGUCACCUGCAGAAGAUCCAUAGAUGCCUCGCUUACAGAUUUGUUUUCUUUCUUUUUAAGAGGAUUGCUGUAUUACCUCAGUCUGCCACGAUCAGAAUCACAAGGUGACCAUUGCCCUUAAUUAAAACAUCCAGAGAUUUCAUUGUGAACCAAAGCCUAGAACGUAUAUUAUGCAUUCUAAACAAAAACAAACAAAAAAAAAAGAUGGUAUUAGACCUUGCUGCAGCCUUUAACUGGAGAGAUGUCCAGGAAAUAGCGCAAUAACUGCUGGAACAAACAACUUAACUGCUGUUUAUGUCAUUGUGAAGUAUUCUUGUGUUUUAAUGUUUACUAUUGUUUGGAGUGUAACAGUCUUGCAUUUGCACAUAAGCACGAGCUGCUGUGAUAGAGGAUAGUUCAUUGCAUUAACUUCAGCUUCUGCAUGAACACUUAACAGUGUGAUUCAGGAUGUAUCCUAAACUUGUCUUGUAACUCUUGUGUGUUCUCUAGGUAAUCGGCUGUAAAGGUUUAGAUCUUGAUUGUAUGAAUGCAUAAAACAACUGCUGCUUUUGUCCCUGGUAUUCGUUAUUUAUCCCUUCUAUAGCCAGAGGAGGAUGGGUAUUUUUCUAGGGAUGGAGAGUAUUUUUGAGAACUGUUCCAUCCUUUGGGAGUUAGUUUUUGCUUUGCCUAUUACGUGCUUCUCAACAAAGGUGCGGUAUGGUGACUGUAAGGAUUACAUUAGUGUGCAUUCAGAUCUUCAUGGUACUGAUGGAAAACUUACUGUGACUUCCAAUGAACUAGGCAGAUGCUACCUAUUUAAACACCAGCCAGAUGGCUUUUUCUUACCUAUUUAUUCAACAAAACCGAUGAAGUAGUUGGGUACUCAGAAGUUUGGAAAGACUAUUAUGCAUAAAUGUAACUGUUGUAUGUAAACUUCCACUUUCCUGUGAUGCUCUUAGGCUUUAUACGAAUAUAUUUGUAACAUCCAAGUAUUUACAAGCAUCCUUAUUAGCUCUAGACUGUAUUUUGGUUCUGGAGUGAAAAUCAGGAAGUGAGAGCCUCCUACGGUUCCAGGGGGGAGAAAUGUGAAGUGCAAGAAGCCAUGCUGUUGUUAACCAAAUAAAACGAUCAGCUGCAGUAUUCUGAUGUGUAUCUGAGAAAGUGGGAGGGAAAAAAAAAAACCAACAUGGCAAAAUUCACUCUUGCUGCCCAAGUAGGUAACAGUGGUUGCUGUUUGAAUUGUGCUGGGUGCAGUUGCUUGAUGCCAGUGCUAAAUUGGUACAACUAUAAAGCCUCAUUUUCACUGAGCCUCUGCUUGCUUUUUUAUUUCUGCACAAUCAUAUAAUCCUCUGUGUUUGGUCUUUGAGUACUACAUGUGUAUUUUUCAGACAAUUAGUUUUGAGCAAUAAAGUUUGAUAUUAUAAAA